AUGGCUCGUGAAGAAGGAACAGGUAAAUUUAGAUAGAAAUCACCAAAACAAGGAGUUCUCUAAUAUAAUUUUUGUAGAAGUUUCAAACGCGGAAGAAGAACCAGAAGAAGUCAGUGUAUCAACUAAGCCAUAUAUACAAAAACUUGAAACAGAACAUAAAUUGAUCAUUCAAAAAGUCUUGGGUUCGGGCUCAUAUUCUCGAGUGGCUCGUGCAACAUGGGGUGACAAAAAGAUGGAGGUGGCUGCGAAAAUCAUCAAUAUCACACCAACAAAAGAAAAAGAUGAUUAUAUAAAGAAAUUUUUGCCGCGCGAAAAGGAAAUUGUUCGGAUGUUGAAACACGACAAUAUCUGCCGUUUGUAUGAUAUGAUCACAUUUCCGGAUCACAUUGUUUUUGUCACCGAAUUUUGUGCUGGCGGGGAUUUGUUGAAGAAAAUGAAAGAUGUUAAAGUGAUGGCUGAAGAUGAUGCGAGAUUUAUAUUUCGUCAAUUUAUCGCCUCACUUAGGUCAAUUUUUUUUUCCCAAGCUAUUUUUCCCAAAUUUUUUCCCAAGUUGAUUUUUCAUUUUCCCAAGUUUUAUUUUUCCCAAAUUUUUUUCACAAGUAAGUUUUUGUUUUUCCCAAGUUUUUUUCCCAAUUUUUCUUUUUUUUCCCAAAUUGUCGUUUUUUACCCAAUUCUUCAAGUUUUUUUUCCGGUAUUCCCUAUUUUUCAAAGCCAAUUGAGUACUGAUCCCACAUAUCAGCUUCUCCCGGUCAUAACCUGAAGUUAUGCAAUUCCUAAAAUGCGAAAAUGCUAAAAUUAGUCGAAAAAAAAAUUUUGUUUUUGGAAUGAACAUUGUGAUUUUUCACAAGUUUGUCGGAACGAAAACAGCAGAUUCAGACUGAUAUUUUGAGAGGCCGACUGUAAAAAAUAAACCAACAUUCAGUUUUCUGGGCGUUUAACUAAGCCUAAGCCUAAUUCUGAAGUUGAGAAGCCAAAAGUAAGAUUUUUUAAUUUUUCUAUUAUUCUUUCUAGGCUUAGGCUUAGUGAACCCUCCUGGAAACAUACAGACUCGCCGAAAAUUGAAAAAAACACACCACACUUUACACAAGAAAAACUCUCAUUUUUCUAGUAGCUAUUUUUGACGGACCCUUCUAUUUUAUAAAAUUUCGAGAUCCUCAUAUAGAGAAUCAAAAUCCCUGAUGUUCUUAAAAAACGAACCAAUUUCAUGCGAUCCGAAAAUUUGGGAAAAAAACUAAAAAUUGGGAAAAAACUUGGGAAAAUGAAAAAAUAACUUGGGAAAAAAAAUUUGGGAAAAAUAAAACUUGGGAAAAUGAAAAAUCAACUUGGGAAAAAAAUUUGGGAAAAAUAGCUUGGGAAAAAAAUUGACCCUCACUUAUUCACUUACAAAAUCAUAAUAUUGUUCAUCGUGAUCUCAAAUGCGAAAAUAUAUUUUUGGACAAACAUGAAAAUGUGAAAUUGGGCGAUUUUGGAUUUGCCAGAGUUUUGAAUCCCGGCGACAAAUCUUCUACAUUUUGUGGUUCGAGAGCAUAUGUUGCACCGGAGAUUUUGAGAGGACGCGAAUAUUCAACCAAUGCGGUUAGUGAAAAAUCUAAAUUUUGAAGGGUUACCGUAGCUCUCUGAAUUUUCUAAAUUUUGAAAAGUUACUAAAAAAAAUUCAACAAGUUGCUCGUUUUCAGGUCGAUGUCUGGAGCACCGGAAUCAUUUUGUACAUAAUGUUAACCGGUUCAAUGCCAUUUGAUGAUCGACAUCCAACAAAAAUGAUUGAACGUCAACUGGCGCACAAAAUCAAAUUCCCUCGAAGUUGCACAUCGUCGACCUCCUCGAAAACGCUGAUUCUCGAAAUCUUGCAGCCACAUGCACCAAAUCGGCCAACAUACAAAGCAAUUUGUGAAUCGGAAUGGCUCAAAAACCAAGCAUAUUACAUGAAGCCAGAUGCUCCACCAGCAACAGCUGCAGCUGCUGCGGCAAAUGCAGCAAGUCCAGCCAAGAAACGUCCACCAAGUUCGAGAGCAAGAGGAUAA